UAACACUUCGGUACCAGUCUAAGAAAUUAUUGUUAUUACUCAGCGCACGAAGACUGCAGUUUUUCGAUAACCUGUCCACUAAAACUAGUGAAAUCAAGAUGAGUCUGACCGACUUCUGGCUGAUUUCAGCUCCGGGGGACAAAACCUGUCAACAGACAUUUGACAAACUCAACAAUGUCACCUCCAAACCGACUAACAUGUCUAUGAAUUACAAGUUCAACAUUCCCGACCUCAAAGUCGGAACGCUUGAUGUCCUGGUUGGGCUGUCGGACGAACUGGGAAAAUUGGAUGCAUACGUUGAAGGUGUUGCUCGUAAACUAGCAUACUACCUCGGUGAUGUCUUGGAAGACGUGAAAGACAGACUGGCUGAGAAUCUCACAGCAAGUGGAGUCGAUUUGACGUCGUACGUCACCCGGUUCCAGUGGGACUUGGCCAAGUACCCAAUCAAACAGCCGCUGAAGAACAUCGCUGAAAUUAUCUCCAAGCAAGUCACCCAGAUGGAUUCGGACUUGAAAACGAAAUCUUCAGCUUACAACAACCUUAAAGGCAACCUGCAAUCCCUGGAGAGGAAAGCUACGGGAAGUUUACUUACUCGUAACCUUGGCGACCUGGUCAAGAAAGAGGACUUCAUCACCGAGUCCGAGUAUCUUGUCACCCUUAUUGUUGUCGUUCCGAAAGCAUCUUUUCAAGAAUGGGAGGCGAAGUAUGAGAAACUAGCAGACAUGGUGGUCCCGAAGUCAUCACGGAAAAUCACUGAGGAUGCUGAACACGGCUUGUUCACGGUAACCCUGUUCCAGAAGGUUGUGGAUGAGUAUAAACUACACGCUAGAGAAAAUAGGUUCACAGUCCGGGAUUUCAAAUACAAUGAGCAGGCGCUGGCAGCUGGCAAAGACGAACUCAACAAGUUGGCUGCAGACAAGAAGAGGCAAUAUGGACCGCUGGUGAGAUGGCUGAAGAUCAACUUCAGUGAGGCGUUCAUGGCGUGGAUCCACGUCAAAGCGCUCAGAGUCUUUGUGGAGUCAGUCCUAAGGUACGGCCUGCCUGUCAACUUCCAGCCCAUGCUUCUGCAGCCGUACAAGAAAUCGCAACGGAAACUGAGGGAGAACCUAGCCAUUCUGUACAAUCACCUAGACAGCAACGCAGGCACCGCCACAGACUCUGGUUACGACAUACCUGGUCUGAUGAUGAACCAACAGGAGUACUACGCUUACGUCUAUUACCCCAUCAAUAUUAACUUCUGGGAACGGAUAUGAAAUGUGACGAAAUCAGACAUCACAUCUCAGUAUUUAAAAUGUUAA